AGCUGGGCUCUGGAGUAGCACAUAAAGUACUCGCAAUCCCUUCUUCUACCUAGAAGCUAUUUUUCUCAACUCCCAACCGCCAGCUUCGAACUCCACCCUUCUUGAGCCUUCAAAGAUAUCAUAGUUCACCUCAUUCGCAUCACAGUCACGGUACCCAAGACCGACCUCUCUGCUCACAUCACGAUGUCUUCCACUUCCGCCGAACCUGUCCUUUUCUACGAUAUAGCGUUCAAAGCACCUCGAGAAUCGACAAACUGCGCUCCCAAUCCAUGGAAGUCGCGAUUGGCUCUCAACUUCAAGGGCGUCCCUUACAGCACAAUUUGGGUGCCUCUGCCAGACGUGGAAAAGGUCCGCCGAAGCGUGAAGGUUCCUGCAUGCCGAAAAUUUGGCGAUGGCAGUGACUAUUACACUCUACCUAUCAUCACAGAUCCCAACACCGAUGAGGCAGUCGGCGAUUCAUUCGAUAUCGCUGUGUACCUGCAGAAGACAUAUCCCGACUCUGGCUCUGGAGAGUUGUUCCCAGAACAGAAACUCGACUAUGAAUUCACGGAGCAAGCAUCAGGAGUUCCAUUGUCAGAAAUGCGCAGAGGAGAUUAUGAGGAGUAUGCACGAUUCAACAAGAACGUGGAUGCAGUGUUCUCAGCUCACGUUAUCCUCAUGUUACAAGGCAUGCUCUUGGAGCCAGCUGGCAAGCAAGUCUUUGUCAAGCGCGCCGGCGUCCCUUCGUUUGACGCAUUUGCAUGCGUGGGCGAGCAGCGUGAGAAGGUGCUGUCUACCUUUGAGAAGAAUCUGGAGGGAUUGUCCAUGUUUUUGAAAAAGGACAAGAGCGGACCAUUCAUACUGGGCAACAAAGCUAGUUAUGCAGACCUGAUCAUUGGCGGGUGGCUGCGUAUGGCGAGCAAGUCUCUUCCACAGGCCGAGUGGGAGGCACUAAGAAGCUGGCAUGGUGGUGUGUUUGGGCAGUUGCAUGACGCGCUCGACAGGUACGCGCAAACCGACAAAGGACGAGAGGCCUAG